GAAGAGGCGGAGUCUUCUUCCGAGGACCAUUCGGAAGAAGGCGGAGCCUACCUCGCAUCAGGACCAGUCUGACUGCACCUGCAUCCUUAGCUCAGAGCAUCCCCGGAGCAUCUUAAGAGCUGAGCGCAGCUGACAACUAGGGGCCGGACCGCCGCAGGAGGCGUCCGCUGGAUACCUUCCCCCUUCCCUGACCUAGAGCUCUACAGCUGCUGCCUCGGUACUGACCGAGGGUUCCCAGAGCUGUCUCACCAUUGCAAAAACGUUAUAGCAACAGCCUCUGAUUACGACAUGGCUGAGAUCACCAAUAUCCGACCUAGCUUUGAUGUGUCACCGGUGGUGGCCGGCCUCAUCGGGGCCUCUGUGCUGGUGGUGUGUGUCUCGGUGACCGUCUUUGUCUGGUCAUGCUGCCACCAGCAGGCAGAGAAGAAGCACAAGAACCCACCAUACAAGUUUAUUCACAUGCUCAAAGGCAUCAGCAUAUACCCAGAGACCCUCAGCAACAAGAAGAAAAUCAUCAAAGUGCGGAGAGACAAAGAUGGUCCUGGGAGGGAAGGUGGACGUAGGAACCUGUUGGUGGACGCAGCAGAGGCUGGCCUGCUAAGCCAAGACAAAGAUCCCAGGGGGCCUAGCUCUGGAUCUUGUAUAGACCAAUUACCCAUCAAAAUGGACUAUGGGGAAGAACUAAGGAGCCCUAUUACAAGCCUGACCCCUGGGGAGAGCAAAACCACCUCUCCAUCAUCUCCAGAGGAGGAUGUCAUGCUAGGAUCCCUCACCUUCUCAGUGGACUAUAACUUCCCGAAAAAAGCCCUGGUGGUGACAAUCCAGGAGGCCCACGGGCUGCCAGUGAUGGAUGACCAGACCCAGGGAUCUGACCCCUACAUCAAAAUGACCAUCCUUCCUGACAAACGGCAUCGGGUGAAGACCAGAGUGCUGCGGAAGACCCUGGACCCUGUGUUUGACGAGACCUUCACCUUCUAUGGCAUCCCCUACAGCCAGCUGCAGGACCUGGUGCUGCACUUCCUCGUCCUCAGCUUUGACCGCUUCUCUCGGGAUGAUGUCAUUGGCGAGGUCAUGGUGCCACUGGCAGGGGUGGACCCCAGCACAGGCAAGGUACAACUGACCAGGGACAUCAUCAAAAGGAAUAUCCAGAAGUGCAUCAGCAGAGGGGAGCUCCAGGUGUCUCUGUCAUAUCAGCCUGUGGCACAGAGAAUGACAGUGGUGGUCCUCAAAGCCAGACACUUGCCGAAGAUGGAUAUCACCGGUCUCUCAGAUCCUUAUGUCAAGGUGAACGUCUACUACGGCAGAAAGCGCAUUGCCAAGAAGAAAACCCAUGUGAAGAAGUGCACUUUGAACCCCAUCUUCAACGAAUCUUUCAUCUACGACAUCCCCACUGACCUCCUGCCUGAUAUCAGCAUCGAGUUCCUCGUUAUCGACUUCGAUCGCACCACCAAGAAUGAGGUGGUGGGGAGGCUGAUCCUGGGGGCACACAGUGUCACAGCCAGUGGUGCUGAACACUGGAGAGAGGUCUGCGAGAGCCCCCGCAAGCCUGUGGCCAAGUGGCACAGUCUGAGCGAGUACUAAUCCUGUUCUUCUCUCCUCUAAUCCCCGGGGGCCAAGCUGGGGAGGGAUGUGGAGGGGAAAAAGAUGACAGAGAAGUGGACUCAAAACCUCAUUUUAGUUGUAGAAGAAUAUUUCUUACAAAACAAAUUCCACAAAGAACACCCUAUAUGACCACAGCUGCAGAUCAGUUCUUAGCAAUGAUGUUUUUUUUUCUGCUUUGCAAGGCGCUAGAAUCUUUUAUUUUACUUUAUUUUUUUUGAGGCGGAGUUUCGCUCUUGUUGCCCGGGCUGGAGUGCAAUGGUGAGAUCUCAACUCACUGCAACCUCUGCCCUCCAGGUUCAAGCGAUUCUCCUCCCUCAGCCUCCCAAGUAGCUGGGAUUACAGGCACCCACCACCAUGCCCGGCUAAUUUUUUGUAUUUUCAGUAGAGAUGGGUUUCACCAUGUUGGCCAGGCUGGUCUCGAAUUCCAGACCUCAGGUGAUCCACCCGCCUCGGCCUCCCAAAAUGCUGGGAUUACAGGUGCGAGCCACCGUGCCCGGCCUCUGGGUUUUUUUUUUGUUUUUUUUUUUAGUGGGGGACAAAAGAGAGGGAAAGACCCCUAUAAAUCUAUAUAUAACAAUGUAACCAUAUACUUGCAUGUCUAAUACAAACUGAAGAAAUUAGCCUAACUGCCAAUAUCAAGUUGCAGAUUUUAAUCCAUGGAAAUUGUGUUUUGUGCUGAAUUGUAUUUGCUGAUUACCUGAAAUUGGCUUCUUUUUAUUGGGCUUCUCUGGAGAAUUUCUCCCACUCCCCACCUCUGCAGAAGAAAAUUUUGCUCUUAUAAAACCUCAUGUUUUCGUCAUUCCCAUCUUUUCUUUUUAUUGCCUCUUAUAUCUCUGCUCUUUGACCUCAAGGUCUAGAGGUCUGCAGUAAGCCAAGAAACAAAGGUGGGGUGGAUGAGGCAAGGUUUGCAGGAGAAAGAGGAAUUGAGAAAUGGGGUAUUUUUGCUAUCAGCUCUUCUGCUAUGAAGUAGUAAAGGGCAGUCUAUAAUUAACUGACAGACCUAACUGAAGCACAGAGAAUACAUCAGACUUAUGCAUCCAAGACAUCAGAACUUGGAUUUUAUCAAACUUGAUGACUUCUCUAAAAGGAGCUUUGGAAACUUCAAAUUCAGCUAUAGGAUAGUACCAAUGAACACAUCCAGCUGAUCCCAAAAGCUGUUUUCAGGUAUAAGGACAAGGAGAGGAGACAAGUGAUGACAGCCAUUCCCCUUUGCAGCUAUCUACUAUAGUGACAGCCAUUUCUUGGUUGAUGGGUUGGAAGUCAUCAGAGGUUUGAAGAAUUACACUGGCCUUUGUUUUUCCGGAAAUGCCGACCAUGGAGAUGCUUUAGAGUCUUCUCAAAUAGCUUAGAUGUUGUAAUGAGGUUAGCUUUGCUUCAUAAAACAGGGGCCCUCAGAAGUUCUCCUUAAAUUUUUCAAUAAAAAUUUAGCUUUUAAAAAAAUAACAGUGUGACUGAGUGAAUGAAGAUAAGUUGGAUUCUUUCAGAGCAUUCUUUUCCUCAAAACGAGCUGCAUAGUUCUUGGAAUUUAUGUCUUACCACAUGGUGGAAGGAUGGAGGAACUACAGGAUGCAAUUCUUCUUCUACCAAUGGGCAAUAGAGGUUGAGAGAGAUUCAGCAUCUUUCUGGGAUUAGAAUUCAAGUCUCUUUACUCCUACAGCAGCUGUGUCUCCAACGUUGAGACUUUGCAGAUGGCACAGACUCCAUGGAUAAUAGGUAAACUUGGGGCCGGGCGCAGUGGCUCACGCCUGUAAUCCCAGUAUUUUGGGAGACCGAGGUGGAAAGAUCGCUUGAGCCCAGGAGUUCAAGACCAGCCUGGGCUACAUGACGAAACCCCAUCUCUAUCAAAAAUACAAAAAAUUAACUAGGUGUGGUGCUGCACGCCUGUGGUCCCAGCUAUUCAGGAUGCUGAGGUGGGAGGAUCAUUUGAGCCCAGAGGUAGAGGCUGCAGUGAGCCAUGAUCAUGCUACUGCACUCUGGGCUGGGUAACAGAGUGAGAUCCUGUCUCAAAAAUUAAUUAAUUAAUUAAUUAAAAUAAACUAGGUAAACUUGGAUAGGCAGUAGAUAUUUUUGCCCACCUGAGGAGGAACUCAGUCAAGCUGUUGCUUAACAGCUUGAUCCAGGGCGUGAAAGGUUCGUUGAGACUGAAGUGUUCACUUCCACACAAGAACAUCACUUUUAACCUUGCUUUGGCGAAGGGAGUCGGAAAGCUGAGUCUCUAUGGACGGGGGGGUGAUCUUGCUUUCAGUGUUCCCUCAGCUUUUGUGGAUUUAAAACCAUUCUGCUCCCCCCAAACCUUUUGUUUGAUUUCAGCCCAUGUUCUUGACAAUGCAGAGCAAUUCUGAGCAGUCACAAAGCCUACUCUCUGUUCUUGUCCCUGCCAACCCCCACCCCCCAUAAUCUGACUCACAACUUCACCAUCAGUUGGGGUCAUACCACUAGUCUCUGUCCUAUACCCCAUGAAAUGUAAAUACUGUAUCAUAAGUAGAAGAAAAUAAUUUUUGUUUUCUAAAAAUGCAUUUUGAGAUAGUUUAAUGUAAAUCUGACAGGAGCAUUCCGAAGCCCCAUUAGGAAAAAAUUUAAAUGGUUCCUCUUCAUCGCCUUAAUGUCUAAAGAUCAGAAAUCGCUGAGCAAACCCGCUUUUGUUUCCUUCCCAGAAACAAUGCAAAACAACAGGUGGAGAUAGUCUGGUCUUUGCCCUGCUGUGUGUGCCUCUGUAGCUCCUCCUGACAAACGUCUGGGAAAACAGCCUCACCCCACUCUCCUCUCUCUUCCCCAUUUCCUUGUAGCUUUAUUCCUUGCAUUCUUUGGGUCUACUGAGCAGUGGGUGCUGAGGUGACAGGGGAGGAACCAGUUGUUCUGUAGCCUAGGAACUGCCUCAGUGUCUUUGCCAGAAAAAGGCAAAGAGGCGGACAGUGCAGGGCUCCUCCCUCCUACCUCAGGCCUGAUCCAUCGUGCCCUUGACUUUGCCGUCUCAAAGUUUCUUAGCUGACUUUGGCUUUCACAUUUGUUCUUUCCAGAGCUAACUGAUAAGAGUGGAGGAGGAAUGCCUUCUCCUAAGAGUCAGUUGAAAGAAAGACAAGAGAGUCACAUCUUAGCUUUUGCACAAGGCAUUCGUGGUCAGGAAUAGGUUAGGGAAUGGUCACUUCUGAUUUUCCAACAGUUGCUCCUUCUCUGAAGAGAUCUUGAUUCCUUUGGGAAGACAAGAAUUUUUCUUAAUAACAAAGGUCCCUUUAUGAGUUAUUCCUUCUUUCAGUUCAUCUCACUGGAGCACAGCCAAGAUGGACAUGUUUAUGGACAGUGCUCUAGAUGUGAAAACAGAUAGAACUGGUUUGUGGGACAGGGGCAGCUUGCUCAGGAGAGGGAAUAACACAGGUCCCUUUUCUUGGAAGGCUUGUACUAUGGCCAUGACAGUGACAUUGCCCUCACCAUGAUCCCUCUCCAAAGUGGUUGUCUUUCUUUACCUUGUGUCUUCUCUUGUAAAAAUGAAACUCAAAAAUAAAAUAAAUGUGUCAAAUUUUGAAAAAAAAAGAAAAACUGAAAAAGCUAACAUGAAUUGUGUGAAAUUGCAUAAUGCUGUAAUGCUAAUCUACAAUAUGUAAUGCUAUCUUGUAUGUUGAAUUUGUUAAUGCACCACACAAGUGCAAAAUAAAGACUGAUUCACAUUAAAUAGG